AUGAAAGUAACAGGUCAGCGAUUACUACAAGGUGGGCUGUUGGUACAACGGGUGGUAAAAAGAGGGUUAUAUAAUGCGAGCCAAACCAAGAAAGGGUGGUUUUCCACUCGUUCGCUUGCAGAUUCGAACGAGCACUUGAGACGAGUGUUUGAUGAUCAGACAUACUUUGAUAAUUUCACGAAAAGCGGGUCUCCGGAUGGAGCGAUCAAUUCGCUAUUCGGAGGAAACGGGGUUGGGCUCUUUAGGAACAGUGCCUUGGAUUCGCCACAGGGACUAGUUGAUUUUUCGGAAGAGUCUCUUGAGAGGGCAAAAAUGUUGGUUUCGAGUAUGAUGGCAGAAGUGAAGAUCAGCGAGGAAGGACGCUUGCGGUACAUAAAGAAGCUUGACCAGUUGAGUGAUGUUUUAUGUCGUGUUAUUGAUGUAGCCGAAUUUAUUAGGGUAUCACAUCCGAGCCAGAAAUGGAUAGAUGCGGCACAGAAGACCCACGAAAUUAUGUUUGAAUACAUGAACCAGUUGAACACCAAUGUGGAGCUAUACGAAAACUUGAGGGACUUGUUAGCGGACCCUGCUAUAACUGGAAAGUUGACUAAAGAGGAAAUCGAAGUAGGAGAGUAUUUAAAGCAAGAUUUCGAACGGUCUGGUAUCCAUAUGGAUCCCAACACGAGAAAUAACUUUGUUGCAAUCACCCAGGAGAUUUCUCUUUUGGGAUCGCAUUUUAACAAUGAUAUUCACAACUUAGAAAGCUAUUGGUGUAAUAUCUCAAGGUCCGAAUUUGAUCGUAUAAGUGAUACGGUUCUCAAGAGCGAAAUUUAUGGUUACCAAUCGAGCUCGCCUGCUAGCCAAAAUAAAGACUCAAGCAGCAUAUAUAUACCCUUAGCGGGGCAUAUUCCUUACACUAUUCUUUCGAAGUGCGAGGUUGAGUCAGUCAGAAGAAAGGUAUGGAUAUCAUUGCACAAUUCUCCUAAAGAGCAAAUCGAUACAUUAAAUGCAUUUGUAAAAUAUCGUGCGUUGCUAGCCAAAAUGUUAGGUUAUAAGUCAUUUGCACAUUACCAGUUAGAGCAUAAGAUGGCUAAAAGCCCAGAAAAUGUGCUAACUUUACUCAGAAAUUUACAACAAGGUUUAGUAAGUAAAGAAGAUGGAGUCUGUGAAGAAGUUAAAAAAUUGCAUUCCUUUAAAAGCGGAGGCAAUACUGCCAUGUCCAAUGAUGAGAUAUUGGAGGAUGUUAAGCCAUGGGAUCGUGAAUUCUUAUUAGCUCAAUUUCAAUCGCAAAACUUGAAGGACGAAGAACCCUUGGAGGAUAUAUCUGAAUACUUUUCUGUUGGAACUAUCGUUUCUGGAUUAUGUAAAUUAUUCCAUAGCAUUUACAAUGUCAUUUUGGUUCCAGAAGCGACAUUAAAAGGGGAAACUUGGGAUUCAAAUCAAGUCCGGAAAUUGAACGUUUUUGAUGUGACUUCGAAUAAAAAGCUUGGUUAUUUGUAUUUAGAUUUUUGGUCCCCCAAAGUUUUGCCCUCACAUUUUACUAUAGUAUGCCUGAGAAAGUUGAAUACUGAUAUUGGUAGCGAAUCUAAGAAUGAAAUGAAACAAAUGGUUCAGUUAGACGAGAAUGAGCAAUACCAAUUACCAGUGAUUUCCUUAGUAUGUAAUUUUCUGAAACCUCAAGGAACUGGCAUUGGAAGAUUUACCGGAAUUGAUAGCCGCAAACCAACAUUAUUAUCUUUGGACCAAGUUGAUACUAUCUUUCAUGAAAUGGGACACGCAAUGCAUUCUAUGAUUGGUAAGACCGAUUUGCAUAACUUGUCAGGAACUAGAUGUGUGACAGACUUUGUUGAGUUACCAUCAGUACUCAUGGAAUCAUUUAGUAAAGACCCUCGUGUACUAUGCAAGAUUGCAAAGCAUUAUCGUACGAAGGAACCGUUGUCAGAGGAAACUUUGGCUAAGCAUCAAUCACACAAGGUGUUGCUAGAAGAAAGCGAAACGUUCAUGCAAUCUAAAAUGGCCAUGUUGGAUCAAGUUUUGCAUAACGAAGACAUCAUAAAUCGUGGUAUUAAGGAUUUUGACUCAACUGCCAUUUAUCAUCAUUUGGAAAGUCAAUUGAAGGUAUUUGCGGACAAAUGGUCUACAUGGCACGGAAAAUUCCCUCAUUUGUUUUCUUACGGUGCUGUAUACUAUUCAUAUUUAUUAGAUAGAGCUAUUGCAGAGAAGAUUUGGCAUGGCCUUUUCAAGGAUGAUCCAUGGAGUCGUGAAGCAGGUCAGAAAUAUAGAGAUAGUAUUCUUAAAUGGGGAGGCACGAGAGACCCAUGGGUAUGCUUGGCUGACGCUUUAGGUGAUGAGAGGUUAAGCAAAGGUGAUUCAAAAGCCAUGGAGAUAAUAGGCCAAAAGGUUUAG